CACACAACUAACAACCCAACUCCCUCAAUUGUCAAUAAACAAUACAAGUAGUUAACAAACAAAUAAGAAUGCAUAUGAGAAAGUCAUUGGUUCCACCUUGUUUGGUAUUUCAAUCAUAAAAUGCAAAUAAAAGAUGUUGUAUGAGAGUCAAGAGAUGAGGAUGAGAAUGGAAUUAGUUGGAAGACAAGAAGAAGAACAACAACAACCACCAUUUGAGAGGAAGAGUAGGAGAACAAGAAGAAGAACGACGACGACGAUUAGUAUCGUAGAAGAAGAUGAAGAUGAAGAAGAGAGGUUGGAGAUUGUGGAUCUGAGUGGCAUGUCUAUGGACUCUCUUCCUGUCAAUCCUACUAUCAAUUUGGGAGUUAUCUCCAAAUUAGACCUCUCCAACAAUAAUCUUCAGAUUAUACCAGAGUCUUUAACAGCAAGACUACUUAACUUGGUGGAGUUAGAUAUGCAUUCAAAUCAGCUCAAGUCCAUUCCAAACUCUAUAGGUUGCUUAUCAAAGCUCAAACUUCUCAAUAUUUCUGGAAAUCUCCUACUGUCGCUCCCUAAAACUAUUGAGAAUUGCAGAUCAUUGGAAGAGUUGAAAGCCAACUUCAAUAUGCUUACUCAUUUACCAGACACCAUUGGAUUUGAGCUCAUAAAUCUCAAGAAGCUUUGUGUAAAUUCAAAUAAAAUAGCAUACCUUCCAUAUUCCACCUCCCACUUGACUAACCUUCGUGUGUUAGACGCCAGGCUAAACUGCCUAAGGUCUCUCCCCGAUGAUCUCGAAAACCUAAUCAAUCUUGAAAUCCUAAACGUUAGCCAAAACUUCCAGUACCUCACAACAUUACCCUAUUCAGUAGGGUUUCUCAUUUCCCUGCAUGAACUAGAUGUUAGUUACAACAAGAUUACUGAGUUGCCGGAUUCAAUUGGUUGCUUGAAGAAGCUCCAGAAGCUUAGUGUUGAAGGCAACGGUCUCGUUUCUCCCCCACCGGACGUUGUGGAACGAGGGAUACAUGCUGUGAAGCAAUACUUGUGUGAAAAGAUAAAUGGAAUGCAUGGCAAGUCGCCUAAGAAGAAGUCUUGGUUUGGAAAGCUAGCAAGAUGUAGCACCUUUAGUGGUGCCAACAUACCAAGAGAUGAUAGAGAUGAGUGUGGUGUUCCAAGUAAUCGAACUAUUGACGCAAUUGCUUCGCCGAGAUUUAUGGGCAUGCUUUCUCCUCGUCGUCUCCUCUCUCCCAAAACCUACUUCUCGAAAUAAGGAAGUUAUUUGAUGGAAGGUACACUUGCAAGAAGUGAUUUGCAAUAUUCAUUCUUAAUGUGCCAAGAGACUUUGCAACUUGCAUGGAUAUUGUGGUAGCUCUUGUUUUUUUUUCUUUUUUUACGUUUGAAAUCGUGUGUGGAUAUACAUUAUGUCCUGUAGAAUUUGUGGUCUUGAGAUUGUAUAUUACAGAUUUUAGUAGAUGAAUAGCCUCAUUGGUAUGUCUGAAUAUACCAAGGGUGGGGUAGUACUUUUUUGUUUUUUAUGACAUUGGGGUUGGGUGUGGAUGGGUUUAAGUUUAGUGUUUUUAGAAGAACUUUUAUACUGUAUAGCCGUCCACCAAAAUAAUAGUCAGCAGAUUUAUA